AUGUGUGAGGCAGGACUGCCGAAUGUAGCCUUUCUGCUGAGGCGGGAAGGAGAUGACGGUUUCCUGGAAGUAGCUGAAACCGAUCACGUCCUGGGGGCAGCUGAAGUCAAGGCAAGAAACAAGGAACAAGCCAUCUUUCUAGUCCACCAACCUGGCACCUACAGCUGCAGCUACCAAACUCGCACCUCAGAUGUCCCUUCUGCGCCCAGUGAUACUGUGACCAUCGAGGAGUAUGUCAUACCACCUCCACCGGUGCUGACCUCCUCCGGAAGUUCCACAGGGAUCCUAUCCAAGGUGGCCCACAGGACCCUUGUCUGUGAGGCUCCACUGAUGGAUGUUGAAUUCCAGCUGAGGCAGGGCGAGCAGGAGCUGAACCUCCCCUCCAUCAGCACCAGCACAGACCAAAUCAAGUUCUAUCUGAAACUGUCAGACCUGGGUGACCAGAGCCCAUUCACCUGCCGCUACCGUCUACACAGUGAUACAGCUUGGUCCAGUGACAGUGAACCUAUAGAGCUAAUGUGGAGUGAUGAGACACUACCCGCACCGGUGCUCACUGCAGAGCCGUCGAAUCAAAUCGAUUUUGAGCCUGAUUCGAUGGUGCAAUUUCGAUGUGUCGCCCCCAAGGCUGGCCUGCGCUUUGGCCUGCACCGUGAAGACCCCGACGAGCGCAGCCUGCUCCAGACGAUGAAGUCAGCUGGCAAUGAAGCCAUCUUUCAGUUACACAACGUCUCAGCGUCAGACUCUGCCAACUACAGCUGCAUCUACGUGGAACUGGCGCCGCCCUUCUCAGGAUCCGCUCCCAGCAAGUUCGUGAAGCUGACUCUGAAUGGGCCACCGCCACCACCAAAGCUUCAGGCUCUGUGGACAGGUAAAGUGCCUGCUGGCCACGAUGUUGUUCUACGCUGCCAGAGCAAGGUGCCCGGGGUCACUAUGGAGCUGCUGCGUGGUGGUGAACUUGUGCCCUACAAGAUACUCAGAAUGGCUAGCACCUGGAGUGACCUGGGGCUGUCCUACGUGGGCCCCCAACAUUCGGGCAACUACACCUGCCGUUAUACCUCCUGGUGGCCUGAGCUCUUCCACUCAGCGCUCAGCAACCCCGUGGAGCUCCUAGUUGAAGGUAUGGCUUCCAGGGCUGUGGUUGGGUUUUGCCGCUGUCUUGGCUGGGCUGUGCACCGGUUGACUGUGUAA